AGAGUCUCUCGCGCCUACAGUGGUGGAAUCGAACGUCCCCGAGCGCACACGGCGUAGAGGAGAGUACAGCGCACGAGUCUCUGGAAGGAAGAUAACGGUUUCUUUUUUGCCCCCUCUCCACUCAAACAGCAAGAACAAACCAAACCUGAAUUUUUAGGGGGGUUUACAGAGUCUUCACAUCACCAGGAGGAGGGAAGCGAGGGAUUGGAGCCGCAAGUUUUUUUUUUUUUUCCUUUUUCGUUUUUUUUUCUUCCUUUUCCCUAAAACAGGAUUCUGUGUUUCACGGUGGUUUGUUCUCCGCACUCGCCGCAAAGAUGAUGGUCGGAGAGGUCGAAGUGAAGGAGCGACCGAGGCCGAGUCCCGACUAUUUGAUGCAAUUAUUAAACGAGAAGAAGCUCAUGACCAGUUUGCCAAAUCUCUGCGGCAUCUUCACACACCUGGAGAGGCUUCUCGACGAAGAGAUUAACAGAGUGCGUAAAGACAUGUACAGCGACACAGUGAAUGGCCUUGUGGACAGACACCCUCUGGAGCUGCCUGAGCCUAUCGGACCCAUCGUCCACCUGCAGGAAAAACUGUUUGUGCCUGUCAAAGAGUACCCUGAUUAUAACUUUGUGGGGAGAAUCCUUGGUCCUCGGGGACUCACAGCCAAACAGUUGGAAGCAGAGACGGGAUGCAAAAUCAUGGUGCGAGGCAAGAGCUCCAUGAGAGACAAGAAGAAGGAGGAGCAGAACAGAGGGAAGCCAAACUGGGAACACUUAAACGAAGACCUCCAUGUCCUGAUCACAGUGGAAGACACGCAGGGCAGAGCUGAGAUCAAGAUGAGGAGAGCGGUGGAGGAGGUCAAGAAGCUCCUCGUACCUGCUGCGGAGGGAGAAGACAAUUUGAAGAAGAUGCAGCUGAUGGAGCUCGCGAUUCUCAAUGGGACAUACAGAGACAACAACAUCAAAACACCCACCCUUGCAUUCUCUCUUGCAGCAGCGGCAGCAGCCGCUCAGGGCCCACGUCUCAUAGCGGCCCCAACUGGUCAGGUGUUGCCUCCCCAGGCACUCCGGCCCCCGACACCAGCCGGGGCCCCCAUCAUGAACCUCAUCCGGCCCACUCAGAUGGCUGCCAUGCUGCCCAAUGGCACUCCCACCCUGGUGCCUCCCACACCGGAUGGCGGGCUUAUCUACACCACCCCUUACGAGUACCCUUACGCCCUGGCACCCACCUCCCUGCUGGAGUACCCCAUCGAGCACAGUGGGGUUCUAGGUAAGAGAGCCUGGGGAAGCAUGGGUGCGGCAGGUACUCCCAGCUUUAGCCAGCCUGGACAGGAGGGCAGCUUGUUUUACCCCGGAGCUGGGGUGCUGGACGCAGCUUCCAUGAGCCACAGUCAGGACUUGUUGAAAGGUGCAAUGGCUACUAAAGUGAGACGGCAUGACACGCGGGUCCAUCCUUACCAAAGGAUUGUGACCGCUGACAGAGCCGCCACCGGCAACUAACACAUGACCUUCUGACCUCUGAACUCUUCACCCAAUGACGAGCCGCCCCAAGCCUGCCUGCUGAUCAGUUAACUGGUAAUUGCCUUUUGCUAGCCUCUCGGACGCAAGUGAGAGAGAGAGAGAGAGAGAGAGAGAGAGAGAGAGAGGCACCUGCCCGUACAGUUACCCUAACACAUUCUGACAAAAAAAAAAACAACAACAAAAAAAGAAACGCAGAAUCUUCACAGAAACAAAAACCCAACAGAGUUGUGUAAUAUUCAUUUUUUCCCUCUGUUCAUUGAGUUCAAUUCCCAUUCUUUCUCUUUCUUUUUCUUCAUGAAUCAUAAACUGGGUGGAUGUGUCCGUGGUAUUACUCAUGAAUCUGCACUGAAUUAUAUAGCAAUAAAGACCCCCACCCCAAACCUGCCCACCCACCCUCCUUUAAUCGCUCUAAUUUGGUGACCUCACAUGUCUGACUCAAAGUUCAGCAUCUAUUUGACGCAAACCAUUUGGUUUCAGAGUAAUGACAUCACCCUCCCCUCCUCCUCCCAAAAAAAAAAAAAACAACAAAAAAAAACCCUACCUGUCCCACCCUGUUCCGACACCCACCUAUCGGGAGAGAAAAAGAAACAGAAGGAAAGAGAACAUACGCUCACAUUAACUUGUUUAAUUUCUGUCAUUUUUUCACAUGUAGUGCAGUUGUUGAGCUCUAAGAUGUAAUUAUGAGCUGACACAUUCUGGGUGUGCCCCUCCAAACAGCUUUCUGUCUGUUUUUUAAACACACAAAAAAAGCAUGGCUGAAAAUGAUUGCGGAAAAAAAGAGCUUUUUAUGAUUUAUGUGUUUGUUUUUUUUUGUUUUUUGUUUUUUUUUCUUCUGUCUAUUUUUUUUUUUUUUUUUUGGCUUUACUUUUGAGUCAUUUUCUCCACUUGAUUUUGGUUCCUCUGUUGUUCACAUUUGACUAAUUAGCUUUGCUUAAAUCGACUAGCCAAAAUAAGGCAGGUGGUUAUCUCAAAAAAAAAAAAAAAAGCAAUCUGAUGUUUGGAAGCAGGCUGCAGGAAAAACUGAGAAAUGAUGAAGGGCAAGAUGGGAAGGUCACUAAUUGGGCUGAUGGGUCUGUGUGUGUGUUUUUUUGUUUUGUUUUUUUAAUUAAUACUACAAUGAAAGUAGGGUGUGCUGAGGCUUCGGGGACAUUGGAGCAGUGCUUAUUAGCUACUGACCAUUGCUUCGCCCCGCCAUCCACACUACAUCCAUUAUACAGUGCCUGAUGUAUUUAGAAAAAAAAAUAUCUCAAUGAGUUUAGCUGAGCUGUGAUUGAAAAGACAAAAAAAAGUAUUAAGUGUGCAUUUAGCCAAAGGGUUUUCCAAUGAAUUAUAUAUCUGCAAUUAUGCAUCUGUCUCACAGAGGGCUCUCUUUGUGAUUUUAGAGUUUGGAAGGGUGUGAGUUUGUGGUGCCUGCCUUCAGCUGGAACAGACAGCCAGUCAGUUAGAUGAGUUUUGACCCAUUAAUUGCUCUAUUUUUAUUUUAAUUUUAUUUUUUUCUGAGGAGGAGAACGCAGGCAAUUAACACUAAAUCAACUACUCAAUUACAGUACGUUGCUAGGGGGAAGGGCACUUUGAAGUUCUGUACAUAAAUGCUUUUGUCAUGAGGCUUCUAUAUUCAGUUGCUUCAUCAGCCACAUUGCCAAAAGAGUGUUUAUUUCUUUAUUUUGUUCAUUUUUACAUCUCAACAUUUGGCCAUUUUUGUUGAAAUGUGUUUUUAUUUUUAACCCCAGUCAUCACUUGGGACAUCAGGUGUUUUAGAAAUUAGGAAAAACAUGAUUUAGUUUGGUUAUUUUAGUGAUGAAACGUUUAUUUUUAUCACAUGAACCCUCCAAAAAAAAAAGCGCAUCCACAAUGUGUCACACCUCCCUGUGAUCGUAGUCUAGCUCCUGAGCCCACGAUCUUUUUUUUUUUUUUGUUCGACUCUCUCAAGAAAAAAAUAGGAUGUGAAAGCCAUGCCUGCCUGUUCAAAUUGCUUUAUACAUACGUCUUAUAUAUAUAUAAAUAUAUAUAUAAAUAUAUAAAAAUGUAGAUAUCUGUCAUUGCAUAUACAAAUACAGAAGAGAACAAAAAAUAGAUAAUUUUACAGGGUGCUGGAGAAGAGAAAAAAAUUGAAAAAUCUAUUUUUGGCAAUUUUAGCUUUUGAUACUUUACUUGCAGUUACAAAAUCAGAAAAAAAAACGAACUAAAAAAAGUUUAAAACAGUAUAAAGGGGGAAACAGAUCAACCGAGUGGGUGAGGUGGAAAAAAAGUGCUGUUACCUUGGAUAUGAUUGGAAAAAGGAAGACGAAGACCAAAACAGUCGUAACUUUCGAAAAAGUCAACGAGGAUCAGAGCGAGACAGACGCCUCGAGAGAGUUUUAAAAAAAGAAAAAAAAAAGGAUCAAAUCAAAGUGCCUUAUCAACAGUGGUUUCUGUUUUCUGAGUAUUCCAGUUGUGUUCAAUAAUAUCCAGCACCCACCAAGAUGGCGCAGAGAGGGAAUGGCUAGUGUUACACGCUCUGAAUCGUUGAGCAGGGUAGCUCCCACCGUAUCGUGGUGUUACCGCAGUUAUUCUAUGCAAAAAGAAUAGCAGUCGUUUUGACCAGCUAAAAAUAUGUGCCAUGGUUUUGUCUUCCUGAAAUUAUUUUUUUCUUUUCCUUUACUUGAUGGCCCUUUACUCUGCUGUAUGUGCAGGUUUUGUUCUCUUUUUAUUUAGAUUUUAAUGAUCAUUAUGAAAUAUUGUCUUGAUUUAUGGUGACUGUGACUAACUUCCUAGAACAAAAUUGAACUGCCAAUAGCAAUGCAGUAGUCUGCCAGAACAUGUUUUGAUCAUGAGCUGAGAAAAAUACAUAACGUUCAAGGGGCGGGGGGAGGGGAGGGGAAGAGGGGAGUCGUCCCCCGCUGGCAGGAAGCCCGUUUGUUUCAACAGCUGCAAACUGAAGGCAUCCAGUCCAUGUCUCUCGAUGUCAAUCUGACGGCAAACUAUCAAUACAAUCAUGAGAUUUAUAAUGGACAAGCUGGAUAAUGAAACAAGCACGUCUAUUUCACAGCCAAAUAGUUUCCAGUUAUUGAAACAACUCUGUCGCUGGAAGGUGAAAUAAACUCAUAAAAUCGAGGAAUUCUCAGAUCCCGAUAUUACCCUUGGCAGUUUUGUUUUUCUAUUCAUAGCUCUUUCAUCAUGCUGUUACACCGAAAGGUCAAUGAAUUCUUUCUUUCUCAGUGUUAUUAUUUUAAAUUGAAAUGCAAUAUUAAAGUGGAGCAAGUGAUGGCUAUUCAGCAUUUGACAGUAUUAAGAAAAUUCCCUCUGCAAUGUUACAACUUGCUGUGUCAUUGUGAAAGGCUGGAUAAGUCCAUCAGGUGAAAGGUUAACUCUAUACCUACCGUAUUCUCUCUGGCCUGCCUACUACAUGUAUGAUAAUGUAAUUAACAGCCAUUGUUACAGGUUUAUAAUGUAUUUUUCUAAUCUCAUUUUAUAUGUAUAUUAAUCAUGUUUCUGAGUGCUUUUUUUUUUUUUAAUUUUAUGAAACCCACUGCAACUUUUUUUUCCUUCCCCCCCUAAACGGCCCCUCUCUUCCUUCCCUCCUCCCCCCCUUUUCUCUCUUUUACAUCUUGAAAACUGUCUCUUGUGGGGAGUGUUGCCUUUUCCCUGUUAUAUUUGGUUUUGUUUUUUUCUUGCCGAUUCCCAGCUUGUUUAACUCAUUAGCUACUUUAUUAGUUUUCUUGUCAUAAGUAUUUUUACAUGCUUGCAUUUAGUUUUCAUGGUGUAUGCUGUUAUUUUUCUUAUUAACCUCUUGGCAUUUAUUUUAAUAAAACAUUCUUAGUAAGAAUUUUA